AUGACUGCCACACAGACCAUCAACCUUGACCAUCUACAGCACAAGUCGCGUUCCCGGAAGCAGGAAUAUACCAACGAAACGCGAAACCAAGCCCAACUGCAAUCGCGCAAUUUGGAACCCCUCGGUACUAUUCACCGAAAUUCAGAGCAACAGAAGACUUUUAAUCUCACCUACCUCUAUCUGUGGAGUAUGAAACAUCUGAAACAAUAG